UUAACUAACAGCAAGCCAGAUCCCAACUUUCGCAUUUAGAACACAAUCGGGCAGCUUUGAAACGCUUGGCUCGAUCCUCGAGGGACUGACUUCGCAUACUUGCCCCUUUCCCUUUCCAAAGUAUCCGUUCCUUCUCCUAAGCACCGAACUCCCUUCUAACAAAAGUUCCUCACUUCCUCCUUCGUCAGCAUCAAACCCUACCCAUCAACAGAUCUGAUUCCUACUAAUCAGAUCUGUAGCAACAUUCUAUCCACCAAAUCGUAUCCCUCCGUCUCCGUGCUUUCCUUUUUGCUUCUCUCCAACUGGAACACCAAACGACCCACUAGAAACGCCGUCGUUUAGUUCCCGCCAGUGGCGUGAGGGGAACCAUCUGAAUUAUGGAGAAAACUUGUUUGAUUAAAGAACCCCAAAAGAAGCAGAAACUGAAUGAAGAAGAUCAGGACAUUGAUGAAAACAACAAAUGUUUAGGUGACUUACCUGAGGAGAUCCUUCGACACAUACUUUCCUUUCUUCCAACAAAAGAUGCCGUCAGGACAAGCCUACUUUCUAAAAGGUGGGAAUACCUAUGGGCAUCAAUUCCAAAUCUAGAUUUUGGACGAUCCUUUCCCGCUAAGAGAAAUCUUUUGAUGAAUUUUGUGGAAAGAGUGCUCUGUCUUCGUGACUCUUAUGCUAUAAAACAAUUCACUCUCUCUUGUGAUGUGCUACAUGAUGCAUCUCGUGUUAAUAGGUGGAUCUCUGCCGUUGUAAGGCAUAAUGUUCAAGAGUUGUAUAUUAAGCUUGACAACUUCAAGGGAAAAUUUUCAUUGCCUUAUUGCUUGUUUACCUGUAAGACACUUAUAAGCUUACACCUUCGAAUGUCCUAUAUCCUCAAGCUUCCCACUACAAUUUGUUUCUCAAAUCUAAAGACCUUGACUAUCAUAAAAGUUACAUUUUCGGAUGAGUACUUAACCCAGCAAUUUUUCUCUGGUUUGCCGGUCCUUGAGAACUUGUGUUUAAAGAAUUGCAGCUGGAAGGGUCUCAAGUUUGUGCAUCUUUCUGCUCCCAAGCUUCAUUCUUUGAGCAUAACGGAACUUAAGUGGCUAAAUUUGAGUUAUGGGGAUGGUUGUCAGAUUAUGAUUUUUGCAUUAGGUCUAAAAAAAUUUGAUUACUUUGGUGAACUGUUCAACGAGUAUUGCUUAUACAAGUCAUUCUCACUGGAAAGGGCAGAGAUUAAUGUUAUCCUCGAUAAUGCAUCAGCUCAAAUUGCUCAUCGCAUGUAUAAGCUUCUUAUAGGGCUCUCCAAUGUUGAAGUACUAAGUCUUUCCCUUGAGGUGGUUGAGGCUUUGAGAGAUGCAGGAGAACGCUUAUAUCAUAUGCCUAUGUUCAAUAACCUGGCGAAUUUGGUUUUUUUUGAGGGUUCGACAAUAGAUCUUGGUUGUGUUGGAUUAUUGAGGAUAUUGCAUAACUCUCCUUGUCUCAAGACUAUGAAAUUUUCUUGGGGGAUCAGCUUGCGGGAGAACGAUGAUUGGAAACUAGACCCAUUGCCUCCAUGUUUCUUGUCCCAUCUCAAGUGGAUUGUAGUACGGAAUUAUGAUGGAGAUAAGGAGGAGUUUUUUGCUAUGAAGAUUUUGCUCAAGAAUGCUAUUGUAUUGGAUGAAAUAGAUAUAUAUUGCUCAGAGCGCUUAGCAGGGAACUUAGAGAAGCAAGUAAAUCUUUGUAAACAGUUGAUAGAGAUCCCUAAAGGGUCACAGAACUGUGAAAUUGUUUUUCUAAAUCCAUGGCAGGAUGUAGUAAAACAGUAAAAAGUAUGGCUUGUUAGCCUUCUACCCUACCUUGGUAACUACUAACUUGCUGUUAUAGAAUGUUGGUUUAUGUUAUUUGUGAUAAUUAGUUUUGAA